UCUCUCUCUCUCUCUCUCUCUCUCUCUCUCUCUCUCUCUCUCUCUCUCUCUCUCUCUCUCUCUAUUCAUACUUUGUAUUUUCUGAUCAAGAAACUGAUCAAACCAAUAUGGCUGACUUAAUGGUGGGAGGAGCUCUUCUUUCUAGUUUGAUGAAUGUUCUCUUUGAUAGGAUUGCUUCUAAAGAUGUCCUUGAAUUCUUUCGAGGAAAUAAGGAAACGAAUCUAAAAAAGUUGAAGACUAUGUUGCAGUCUGCUGAUGUUCUACUGAACGAUGCCGAACAGAAACAACUUGGAGACAACAAUGUGAAGAAGUGGCUUGAAGAUCUUAAAGAAGUCAUUUAUGAAGCUGAUCAUGUGAUGGACAAGAUCAACACUGAAGCUCUACGAGUCAAGAUGGAGAAAGGUGAACUCGAAAGCACAACAAGUAAGUCCUUGAGCUUUUUGAAAAAGUUUUAUAAUCCAUUUGAAAAGGAAGUGUCAUCUGAAGUAGAGAAGGUCCUUGUUACAUUAGAUGAUCUCUUAGCUCAGACAAAAUACCUUGAUUUGAAAAGGGUAGACAUGAAAACAAUAUUACUAGAUAAACCACAUGCUCCUUUGCUAGAUGAUUCUAAGUUUUAUGGAAGGGAGAGUGAUAGAGAGGCUAUUCUUAAGCUAGUCUUGUCUCAUGAUGUUGUUGAGCAUGGGAUCUCUAUUAUUCCUACAGUAGGGAUUGGUGGUAUUGGCAAAACUACAGUUGUCCAAAGGGUAUAUGCUGAUGCCAUAGUUCAACAACACUUUGACUUGAAGGCAUGGGUAACUAUCUCUGUCGAUUUUGAUGUUUUAAAAAUAGCUAAACUUAUUUGGAAGGAAAUCUCCAAGAAUGGAUCAUGUGACGCAGAGGAGCUGCAUCAAGUACAAAAUGAAUUGAAAAGUGCAUUGACAGGGAAGAAGUUUCUUUUUGUUCUUGAUGAUGUAUGGAAUGAGAAUUAUCUGUUGUGGGACUCUUUGAAAAGUUGCUUCCAAUAUGGCGAACAAGGAAGUAAGAUCAUUGUGACCACGCGUAGCAAUAAUAUUGCAUUGAUGAUGAAGACAAAUGUUCAACCUUACGAGCUUAAGGAGAUGUCUGAAGAUAAUUGUUGGAAGUUGUUUGCAGAACACGUCAAUGAAGGACGCCCAGAAUUCGAAGAAAUCGGAAAGCAAAUUGUUAAAAAGUGCAAGGGUCUUCCUUUGGCUGUAAAGUCUAUGGCUGGACUUUUACGAUCUAUGCCAACUUAUGAAGAAUGGAGGCAUGUACUGCAAAGUGAUAUAUGGGAGUUGCCAAAUCGCCUUACAAUGGGAAUUGUUCCAGCUUUAUGGUUGAGCUACCACUUCUUACCUUCUUAUUUGAAACCAUGUUUUUCUCAUCUUUCGAUCUUCCCCAAAGAUUAUGAAUUUCGAAAAGGUGACAAAGAUAAAAUAAUUUUAAUUUGGAUGGCAGAAGGUCUUUUGCAACCUCAGACAAGGAAAAGAAUUGAAGAUGUAGGGGAAGAGUACUGGAAUGCUUUAAUAUCAAGAUCGUUUUUUCAAAGAAUAACAAGAAGGGCUAUUUCUAUGCAUGAUCUUUUGCAUGAUUUAGCUAUCUAUGUAUCAAGUCAAUGCUGUUUUAUUUAUGAUAGUUGUUACGACUCUCGCAAGCUAAUAACGAGUAGCAAGAUUUGCCAUCUAUCAUACAUGAAAGACUUGAAAGAUACAAUAGAAUUUGAAAACUUCUCUAGAGUGAAGCAUUUGCGUAGCCUGUUGGCUUUACCAUUGCGACGUAUACAACAAUCACACGAGACCCAAUUAAAGCUUGAAAUGGUGCUAAAGGAUGGAGGAUGCCUAAGAACUCUUUCUUUGUCACAAUCACGUAUCACAAACUUACCUGAUUCAAUCGGCAAUUUAAAACAACUCAGGUAUUUGGAUGUCUCUGACACAAAAAUUAAGGAAUUACCUCUUUCAAUUUGUGAGUUGUACAAUUUGGAAACACUCUUAUUGGCAAGUUGUUUGGUCGAACAAUUGCCCACAAACUUUUCCAAAUUAAUCAACUUGCGUCAUCUUGUAACUAGAUGGACUAAUUUAAAAGAGAUGCCACCAAAUAUUUGCAAUAUGACAAAUCUUCAGAGGUUAAGUGAUUUUGUUCUGUGUAAAAGUGAUGGAUCGAGGAUCAAAGAGUUGGGCAAGUUGGGGAAUCUGCGUGGCAGCUUACGUAUUUCAGGCCUUAGCUGUGUUAAUGAAGUGAGUGAUGUCUUCGAAGGCGAACUGAAGAACAAAAAGUAUCUCGAUGAGCUCAUUCUUGAUUGGAGUGGUAUGGCAGAUAACUCAACAAAGGAAAGAGAUGUACUUAAUGCACUCCAACCACAUGUAAAUUUGAAGAAACUCGAAAUACACGGGUACAAAGGCACAAAUUUGCCAGAUUGGGUAACAGAUCCAUCGUAUUGUAACUUGAAAAAAGUUUAUCUACACUGUGGAAAUUGUUGCUUGUCGUUGUUAUCAUUUCGACAGCUAAGUACACUGAGAUAUUUUCGUGUUUUCUGUCUUGGUGUGCUUGAUGAAUCCCGUAGUAUUUCUUCAAAUAAACCCUUUCCAUUCUUAUCAUCAAUAUGUCUUUAUGGAAUAGAUAUGUUGGAUUGGUCAUUUAUUAAUACAAGUGACCAAAGAUGUGAGAUUUUUUCUUGUCUAAAGCAAUUUGAUUUAGAAAGAUGCGGGAAGCUAAAUGUGGCAUUACCUGGCUGUGAUUUUCCAUCAUUAGAAGUCAUCAACGUUCUACGUUGUUAACUAUAUUUCCAUCAAGUACUCACAUUGACUCUCCAUAUCCUUCCCUCGAAAGGUUGAACAUAAUGAAUUGCUCAAGGUUGGAAACCUUUUCAGAAAUGGGAUUGCCAUCUUCUUUAAUAUAUCUACACAUCACAUCAUGUGAUAUGCUCGUGGAAAAUCGCAUGAAAUGGAAUUUACAAAGGCUGACAUCAUUGCAAUUUUUAGAUCUAAGUCGAUGUGGCGUAGUGGUGGAUUCAUUUCCAGAGGAAUGGCUGCUCCCACCAUCUUUAAGAGAUCUUAAGAUUUUCCAUUGUAAUAAGCUCAAUGCUCUAAAUGGCAAAGGCUUUCAACACCUCACCUCCCUUCAUCGGUUAGAACUUCUUUAUUUGGAAAAGCUAGAGUGCUUACCUGCUACAGAAUUGCCCCAGACUCUUACUGCUUUGUCAAUAGAAGGAUGUAGUCUGUUAAUUCCGAGGUGCAAGGAAGGAACAGGAGAAGAUUGGCCCAAAAUUCAACACAUACCAUACAUACUAACUGAAGAAACAGAAUAUAAUAAGACAUUCUUUGGAAACAGGACUGGAUGUAUUAUUUAUUGUGCGAGGAGGAAUGAUGAUGAUGAUUAUGAUUGAGUCUUUCAGAUUUGAAAAGAAUAAUGGGAUAAUUCCAACUCUCAACAUUGACUGCUACAUAUAAUUAUGGCGAAUAAUAAUCCUGGACAAGGCAAUGAGCUCACACUUUCAGUUAUGACCGUUAAAGAUCAAGACUACAUCUUAUUGAUUGAAACCAGUAGCUGAAUGGAGAGAAUUUCGGGUUUUGUAUCGAGAGUGUUGGAGGGUUGUACAGAGAAUUAGGUGUUUCUUAUCCUAGUCUCUGAUCAUGUGAGGUUUAUGUAAUCUAAUCUGUUUUGAAUUAAUUUCAGUUUAGAAUUGUAACUCUCUUGAUCAUCAAUAAAGCUCAUUGCCUUUGGUUUGUUUAUUUCUACAA